AUUCACUGACGCUUUUCUCAUAAUAAGAUAUCACAAUAGUGUAUACAAUUGUCUGUCAGAAUAAUAUCCUAAUAAAACCUUAAUCAUGAGAUGACUUCAAGCUGGAGAGUGUCCUUAUCCUAAAUUCUCUUUUCGAGAUUAAUAUGUAAAUGACUCGCCGUAUAUAUAAGGCCUUCUGAUAGUUACAGACGAGACAACAGUUGGAAGAAGAGGUACUAGAUAAAAGUCGACCAUAAUGCGGACAGCGGCACGUGCAACGGUCAUUCUUUUCCUUUUAGUUAACUUUUUUAAUACAGCAAAACCCUAUCGUUGUAUAGAUCUCUGCAGAGCCAAGUACAAACAAAUGAAAUGGAAUAAGCUUUCUAAUUGCGUUCAUAAUUUAUGUGCGUACAAGAAAAGAGGUUUUCAGUCACCAAGUGACCGGUUAAUUACUGAUUCAACGAUGCAGUCAAAUCCUGAUAACAAUUGCAUCUUAGAUACCAUGUGGAACGAUCUUUCUAAAAGUUCUCAAGAAUUUAUACUUAAGGUUUUCGACAGUGAAUUGGAUUUACACAAAUUAUCGAAAGAAUAAUCAGUUCAAGUGAGAAGUCAUGCUUCAUCUAUCCUGAUUGUUCCAAGAUCGUAACACAAACAUUAAGGACAUUUUUGACUAGGUAAUGAAAACUUCCAAAUAUGGCAGCCCGAAAUGAAUAGGUCUGCCAAAAAAAAAGUGUGGUCACCUGAUUGACGUUUCGAACUCGCACCAGAACGCUGUUGUGUAAGAGAAUGCAACGCUCUUAUAGUUGUCAAGAAAGAAACUGUCACGAAGACAACUUCUUAUGAUAAUAAAAACUACACGCUAGCAUAUCAUAUAUUAUCACAUACCUAUCUUGAAUUGAUGCAUGCAAAGAAGUGCUAAUCAAUAUCAAACCAAGGAGGUAUAAAGAACAAUUGUUCUAUAGAGAUACAGUAAUCAUUUCUAAUUAAUGAGCAGCAAUAAAACAAAUUUCAAAUAAUUAUAUUCUGCUUGGCAUGAUUUUACAUGGGCCUAGAUAAUGUUAAUCUAAUUGAUGAACGCAUUACAUGUACAAUAUAGUAUUAGAAUAACAGGAAUACGAAAUGACAAUAUAUUUGACAGGAGCUUUCAAAUAUAAAGAUAAAUUGCCCAGGAUUAGUUAACAAAUUUACCCAAAAUGUAUAUUAAUCAACCAAUGAAAUACGUCCUUUAAUUAUACACGAUUGACGGACUAUUUUUUGGGCCAUGAUGUAUCACACAAACCCGAUUUUAUUUAAGUGUUUAUAAGUAAUUGCAAUUUCAUCAAACGUGACCGCAGGAUGCCCUUCGAAUUUUUAAUGUAGCCUUGGACCAACGGCAAUAUAAUAUGCAAAUGUGAUUGAGUAUAAUCUAGAUAUUCCUUUAAACCUCUUACUUGAUAAAAUGAAUAAAUUCAGGGUUGCCGUAUUCAAAUUUGUAGGCCUACGUACGACCGAAGGAAGAGCAUGGUUAGGAUGCGAUUUAUGAUAAAGCCUAUUUCUUUCAUACUUAUAACGUUACUCCGAAUAUUAGGAAGAUUUAUGUCAUACUCCCCCUUCUCCAUAAAGUGGUUUUUUGGCGUCAUUAGGCCUUUAUAUGCCUAUUUGUUUUGAGCUUAUGUUAAUCAACCCACAUGGCAAAAUAUGAACAUCUACACCCUCAUUGCUGUGAUUAAGAUAUUUUGAGUGCGCAUUCGGAUUGAUCUACUGAUUAUUAUUAUUAUUAUUAUUAUUAUUAUUAUUAUUAUUAUUAUUAUUAUUAUUAUUAUUAUUAUUAUUAUAUACAGAAUAUUUAGGGUUUUUGCAAAGUAUAAUGGUUAUAAUAACAAUAAUUAUUACUCAAUACAACAUUACUAAUAGUAAUAAUAAUUAUUAAUAAUAGCAUUAGUAUUAUUUGUACUUGGUUGUUACUAAUGCUUUGUUGAUAGCAUAAUAAAAACGACUUACCUUUCAAAAA